UCCAAACAGAUUUGUUCCAGUGACUCCGUAAAAGAACUGCAAGCGUCAUUUGAUCAAAACUAGGCUGAUCCAUUCCUAAUGAUAAUGAAUUUCCAUGGUCGUCACUUCCAGCAUCGCCCUGUACAUGAAUAUGACGAGCCACCAAUGAUACCAAUACCUUCUUCACUGUACUCGGACCAGUCCACGACCACUGACGGUCUGUAUGCCUCCAUCAGACCUUCUAACAUCACAACUGUAGGCCCGGCCUCCUUUGACGACUUCAGUGAGGAUGAUAAUAGUCACGAAGAGCAACAUACAUCUCGUUUUUAUGGGAAACUUAAGCGGCUGCGUUUUUACCUCAUGGCUAUCUUCAUAAUGUGUUGUUUACAGAUGAUAGCCAUAGUGGUGAUGGGGGCUGUGAUUCACCUUCAUCGACAUGACGGCGACAAAGCGUCUACCGGGGAACUCUUGGGGAAUAUCGAGAAGAACGAUCACACAGGUGUGCUGAGAAAUAUGUCGAGGCUAGCUACGGGCAGUCAAGAGAGAAGGAUGAACAACAUCACGCAGAAACUGGAUUCCUUGGAAAGUAUGUUUAAUGGUCUCCAAGCUAACGUCACUGACUUGCUCCAGUCAUCCAGGAAAGACUCCAUCCCGUUGACACUUGCCCAUCUGAUAGGCUGGAAAACCAGUGACACUUCUCGUUUUACUUGGCGAACCGGUCCCCACACAAAUAGUUUUCUCACUGGAGACGUCCGAUAUAACGUCACCAAAGGGUACUUAACUGUGGGGCGAGAGGGACACUUUCUCGUGUAUAGUCAACUGUGUUUGAGAGGUCCAAAAAGUGGAACGUUUGACCAUCAAAUCCAGAAGUACAGUGGAGAUAGCUGGAAAACAGGGCUUUACAAGGCAAGGUAUUAUACCGGGUCAAGUCGGAUUGAUUGCGACACUUUAACAGGAAUAAUGCAUCUUAGAGAAAAUGACAGUAUCAGAGUUGAUCUUUCAAAAGAUAAUUAUAUCACUGGGAAUAGUGUGUUCAAUUCAUUUGGUCUGUACAUGCUGUCAUCACUGUAAGUUUAACUAUAUGGACACUGAAGGGACGAUAUGUGACAUUUCAUACGACGUCAUUCUUCCAAACAAAUUUGUGAUUAACGAGAGCAAAAUAAUUUUUUUUUAAAGCAUUUAUAUAAUAUAAAUCGGCUUAAAAAAAUAAUAACCAUGUUUUAUGAACUAUUUUUUACUGACCCAUGUAUAGCAAGUAUACAACAGUCAUGAUACGUAUUUAUGACUCUAACGGCUGUAUACAAAAACGUUAAUAAUAACUGACAUAAAGUUUGAUAUAUUAAUUUGAUAAUUGCAAGAAGCAAAACAAUAACCCGACUGUUGUAUUUUGUUGAACUUGGAGAACUAUUGCAUUUGUGUGUUCGCCUUUAUCUUUCUUUUAAACCUUUAUAGAUUGUAUCUUAGACACGUGCACCUUAAGUCAAGUAUUGAUGACAACAUAAAAUAUUGAGUAAAUUAUAUACAAUGUUGUCAGUAAGAAGGUUCAAUGAAUAGAUUAAAAGAAGAAAACAUUUAUGUUAUGAGAGUAUAAAGUUUAUUUUCUUAUUUUACUGGCAUUAUUUGUCAAGAAUCGCUUAGUUAGUAGAAAACAUUCACCGUUUUGUAUAAGUGAGUUAUCAAUUAUACACAAAAAAUAUGUAUCCUGUAAUUAGUAUGCAUUCUGAUGUAUCCCCUGUAUUUGAAAGCAAUACCUUGAAAAGUCAAUAACGUGUGUUUAAAAUAGAACCCAAUUAAUUCAUUUAUUAGAAUUGAUAUUAAAUAAAAUAUACCUGUAUGCCUCAACAUAGUUCUAUCUUAGGAGGGCUGGUUGAAUCUAUCUCAAUCCACCCACAAUAUAUGUUAGUAACCUCCAACGUUUUAUUUGCCUUAGAGCGUGCAUGCGCAGCCUGUCUCCUGUGCAUGUAACACAUAAGUACGGCGACUCAGCCUCUGUAACGGUCGGGGCCCCGUAUCUCGAGUAGCGAUAUCACAUAGAGACUACAAUGUAUUAUAUGGGGCGAGUACGGGCGAGUUGUGGAAUCGAGACGCUUGCGCACGGUCGCAAAGCGCGAUGCUUUCGAGAUACGGGGCCCAGGUGGUUUCUUUGAUGGUUUGCUUAUUGGUAUCCACAUGACAACAUAACGUCAGCCAUAAUGUCACAUAAACCAUAAGAUAUACGAAUUGACAAAACCACUGCACUGCGGUGUGUCGCACGACGAAAAAUCUGUAUCCGACCCACAUCUAUUGCGUGUUACUAGUUUUAGCUGAGAAAAAAAGAAAAUGGAUCAAACUGAAUUGAGUGUUGUAUGAUCUAUAAGAUUAAAUUCACUUAAUUAACUUCACUAGAUAAAAAUAAAAUCUAGAAUUAAUGAUUUUUUUCUUGUU